CGCCCCUGCUAUGCGGAGCAAUUCGGCUAGUUGGGUCCAACCUGCAGUUAAUGCACAAUCCGGACUCAGGCGGCCCCGUGAGUGGAUCUAGGCACGGAGCCCAGACGCUGGGACAGGCUGCCCGCCGACCACACCCGCCACGCGCGGGCCACGACGCCCCGCGCAGGACCUGCCCGCAAGUCCCGGGACUUCCGAGCGGCGCCUCCCCGAGGCAGAUGCCCUCUCGGGAGCCCCCCAAAACCCGCGGCUCCCGGGGGGACCUGCAUGCCCUCCCGCGUGGCGCGGGGCCCCCGAGAGUGACGCCUCGAGGCCUGGAAACCAGCGUCUACCGUCCUUUGUGCCAACCCCAGCCAGGAGCCUACAGGGUGCGGGCCAAGAAGAUUGUAUUUGAGGAUGAGCUGCCCUCCAGGCCCCUCCUGGGCACCAAGAAGCCUGUUGGAUCUAUCCCUGGGGGGCAUAUGCCAAGGCCUCACCCAUUGCCGGACUAUGAGCUCAAGUACCCAGCAGUGAGCAGUGAGAGGGAACGGAGCCGCUAUGCUGCGGUGUUCCAGGACCAGUAUGCAGAAUUCUUGGACCUCCAGCAGAAGGUGGGCUCUGCACAGGCAAAGCUCCAGCAGCUGGAGGCCCUGCUGACCUCACUGCCUGUGCCCCGAAGCCAGAAGGAGGCUCAAGUCACAGCUCGUGUCUGGAGGGAAUUUGAGAAGAAGCAGAUGGACCCCAGCUUUCUGGACAAGCAGGCUCGCUGCCGCUACCUGAAGAACAAACUAAGGCACCUCAAGGCACAGAUCCAGAAAUUUGAUGACCAAGGAGACAGUGAGGGCUCUGUGUACUUCUGAGCAUCCUGGCAAACAAGCAGAGGGACACAUCAGGAUGGGGGGCCCCCCUUGCCCUUGCUUCUCUAUCUACCUCUCAGCUUUAGCUCUUACUCUUCCCCCUGAUUGCAAAUGCCUCAGCUUUUGAGGGUUAGCUCUGAUGAACCCCUUCUCCAGGAAGCCUACCCAGGACCUCCUUAGGAACCCAGCCCUGACCCUAUGGGGACCCCAGAUCCAGCCCCAUCCCCUGGAAGCAGGUCCUGCUUUCCCCAUCCCAGUGGAAUAAACAUUUCUUAAAUACA